AUGCUAGAAACUAAUGAACAAACCAGUCAUACUAACUCUUCUAUUGCUAGACAAAGUAGAAGACUUAGAAUGAAGGAGAAGAGAGAUGCACAAUGCACUGAAUCAGAUCAUUCUCAAAACUUGGUAGAUAAAACUGAUGUAAGUGAUGCAAGGAAGAAAAGAAGGCUGAUAUUGCAAAAUAAGAAAUCACCAUGUGGUCAUCCCACCAGUGCCCCAUCCCCAAGUACAGUCUCCCCAGUUUCUAUUCCAAAUGUAGAAGAUAGAGCUCAUUCAAUUGAUGCUCGCAAGAAAAGAAGGCUUAUAAUAGAGAAUAGAAAGUUUUCUGUCAUGCCACCUGAAACACAAUAUUCCCAAGUGCCACUGUCUAACUCUGAGGAUGAAUGCAGCUCAUCCAAUACUUCAGACUCUGAAGAUGAUAUGGAACAAGCACCGUUAGCAGAUUCAAAUUUACAAGAAUAUUCUGAUAUAGGGGAUCAAAUAUGGGAAUGUACAUAUUGUCAUGCACACAUGUGGCUUCAAGAACAUGCCAGUAAAACCAAAAAGGGACAUGUUCCAACAUUCCAUCGCUGUUGUCGCAGUGGUAAAAUUGUUUUACCUUUACUUGAAGAGGCACCCCCACUGUUGAGACAUCUGCUGUUUAACAAAACAUCUACCGAGAGCAAAAAUUAUCGAAAUAAUAUUCGAACAUACAACUCAAUGUUUUCGUUUACUUCUCCUGGAAUGAAAUUUGACACCACAUAUUCAAAGAAAGGAGGACCACCAACUUUGAGACUGCACGGUCAAACCUGUCAUCGAAUAGGUACUCUACUACCAGAAAAUGGAGACCGUCCGCAAUAUGCUCAGCUAUAUAUUUAUGACACAGAUAAUGAAGUUACUAAUAGAAUGAAGUGUUUCAGAGACAAUACUGAAAUUGACGAGAACACUGUUCAUAAUUUGAAGAUCAUGUUAGAUGAGUUCAAUAUUCAUGCAAAAGUUUUUAGAAUGGCGAGGGAUGUCCUGGACGAUAAUGCAUUCUUAGACUUAAAACUGAGGGUUAUAUGUGAUAGACCUGAGGAUGGACGCGUGUAUAACAGACCAACGGUUUCAGAAGUUGCUGCGCUAAUUGUGGGAGACAUUGAUUCUGCUUGUAAUAGGGACAUUAUUAUUCAAGCACGCAACGGUGGUUUGCAACGUAUUGAUGAGUUUCAUCCAGCAUAUUUGGCAUAUCAAUACCCUCUCAUAUUUGCGUAUGGUGAAGAUGGUUAUAGGAAAAAUUUAUUGCAUAGAUAUCGCCAUGAAACUGAGGUUACCCGACAAAAUCGUCAGAGCAUCAAGGACUGGCUUUCAUACAGGUUACAAGACCGUAGCGAGGAGGCAAAAACUUUGCUACACUCACGCCGUCUGUUUCAACAGUUCUUGGUCGAUGGUUAUUGUAUGAUGGAAUCUGAAAGGCUGAACUGGUUGCGAAAUAAUCAAUCCAAAUUAAGAGUGGGAAAAUAUAACAGGUUGACAGAUGAAUGCAAUAACGAUGAUGGCAGACAACAACAAAAGCGGGGAAAGCGAGUUGUCUUACCGUCAUCUUUUGUUAGGGGAAAAAGAUAUAUGGAUCAACUGUAUUUUGACGGAAUGGCAAUUUCAAGUAGAUUGGGUUUUCCGGACCUAUUCAUUACAUUUACUUGCAAUCCAACAUGGCCAGACAUUAUCCGUGCCUUGUCCGAUACUGGGUUACAACCACACGAUCGACCCGAUAUUAUUACUAAAGUCUUCAAAAUCAAAUUUGACGAACUCAUUGCAGAUAUAACAAAAAAGCAUGUUCUAGGGAAAGUUUUGGCCCUUAUGUACACUAUUGAAUUUCAGAAGAGGGGAUUGCCACACGCACAUAUUUUGAUUUUUGUACAUCCUCAGAGCAAAUACCCCACACCAUCUGACAUUGACAACAUCAUCUGUGCUGAAAUACCAGACCCUGCUGUUCAUCCGAGGUUGUAUGCGUUGGUUAAAUCUAACAUGAUGCACGACCCAUGUGGAGUGGCGCGCAUGACACCAACCUGUAUGAAAAAUGGUAAAUGCUCUAAAUACUUUCCAAAGAAGUUUAACGAGGAAACUAUUGUUGAUGCAGAAGGUUAUCCCCUCUAUAGGAGAAGAUCAAAAACCCACGUUAUUGAAAAAAAUGGUAUCACAUUGGACAACCGUCAUGUGGUACCUUAUAACAAAAGAUUUCUCCUCAAAUAUAACGCACAUAUAAACAUGGAAUGGUGUAACCAUAGCACUUCAAUCAAAUAUCUUUUCAAAUACAUUAGCAAAGGCUAUGACAGAAUAACAGCUUCGGUGUCAACCAACAACAAUGAACCGGUUGAUGAAAUAAAACAAUACUUAGAUUGCAGAUAUAUCUCACCAUGUGAAGCAUGCUGGAGAAUUUUCUCCUUUCACAUUCAUGGUAGAAGACCGGCAGUUGAACGUAUGUUUUAUCACUUGGUAGGCGAAAAGGCUGUUUACUACACUGAUCACGAUCGAAUGGAAAAUGUUUUGGAGAAUGCAAGUGUUACUGAUUCCAUGUUUACUGGUUGGCUAUCUGCAAACUCAAAGUAUACUGAGGCACAGUCACUCACUUAUGGUCAAUUUGUAUCUAAGUUUGUUUACCACAAAAAAGAAAGGGAGUGGAGGCCCCGCAAAAAGGGAUUCACCAUUGGGAGAUUGAUAUGGGUUCCACCAACAACAGGUGAACUUUUUUACCUGCGGAUGAUGUUGACGGUAGUCAAGGGACCAAAAAGUUAUGAAGAAAUUCGCAAGGUCGGUAAUACCCAGUAUGAAACAUUUAGAGAUGCAUGCUUCUCCAUGGGAUUUCUGGAAGAUGACAAAGAAUAUAUUGGUGCACUCAAAGAGGCCAGUGAAUGGGGCUCUGGACAUUUUGUCCGAAAACUAUUUGUGGUGAUGCUAUUGUCAGGUGCUGUUAAUCGCCCAGCACACGUUUGGAAGGAAUCAUGGCAGCUGUUAUCUGAUGGUGUCCUACAUGCUCAAAGGCAAUUGGCUUUAAAUACAGAAUUGGUUCUCACAGAUGCCGAAUUGCAACAUUUGACCCUGAUUGAAAUAGAAAAGCUGCUUCAAGAAAAUAAAAGGACACUAAAAGAUUUCAAACCAAUCCCUUAUCCAGAUGGAUAUGUUCUGCAACAAUUAGUUAUGCUAUUGAAGAAAACCAAUUUUGUGAAAUACCUUACUGAUAACCUUGACCCAGAUGAACAGACAGCUAUGUAUCAAAAAAUUAUGCGCGCAGUUGAGUCUCAGAAUGGUGCAGUCUUCUUCCUACAUGGUUACGAUGGAACCCGUAAGACAUACAUGUGGAGAACACUGGCGGCUGCAUUAAGGUCGAAGCAUGAUAUAUGUCUGACAGUCGCAACCAGUGGUAUAGCGUCAUUAUUGUUGCCAGGAGGUCGAACUGCACAUUCAAAAUUUAAGAUACCAGUGCCAACGCUCGAUAAUUCUACUUGCAAAAUUGAGUACAAUGAUGAUGUGGGAGACCUUCUUAGGCAAACUAAACUAAUUAUUUGGGAUGAGGCUCCAAUGGCACACAAGCAUACUUUUGAAGCACUAGAUAGAACGCUCAGAGACGUAAUGUCUAAAUACGGUAACUCAAAGGAGAUGUUUGGUGGAAAAGUUGUUGUUUUUGGAGGUGAUUUCAGGCAGAUUUUACCUGUUGUCCCUCGAGGAAGCCGUUCGGAUAUUGUACAUUCUGCCAUAAAUGCGUCUUAUAUAUGGAAUUCUGUUCAAGUGUUAACAUUAACCAAAAACAUGCGCCUGCAAUCCGAUCCGACUGAAGAUGAUAAAAAUGAAAUGCAACAGUUUUCUGAAUGGUUGUUAAGAAUUGGCGAAGGAAAAGUAUCUGAGCCCAAUGACGGUGUGACAGAUUUUGAAAUUCCACCUGACCUGUUGAUAACACAGUUCGAAGACCCGAUCGUCGCCAUUGUUAAUGCUACAUAUCCUGACUUUAUUCACAAUUUUCAUUCAAUCCAAUACCUUAAGGGUCGAGCAAUUCUGGCUUCAACAUUAGAAAUUGUGGAACAAAUAAACAAUCAUAUCCUUGACUUAAUCCCAGGAGACAUGCGAGAUUACUACAGCUCAAAUACUAUUGAUAAGUCCGAAAUCAAUGACGACACAGUGGUAAAUAUCCUAACUCCAGAAUUUCUCAGUUCCCUCCGUACAUCUGGUUUGCCUACCCAUCAUUUAAAGUUAAAGGUUGGAACACCAAUUAUGCUCAUGAGGAAUAUUGAUCAGUCAGAAGGACUAUGUAAUGGAACAAGGUUGAUAGUAACAAAAUUGGGGACACAUGUUAUUGAAGCUUCGAUAAUAGCUGGAAAGAACUGUGGCAAUCAGGUUUACAUCCCACGAAUGGAUAUGUCACCUUCCCAAUCACCAUGGCCGUUCAAGCUCAACAGAAGACAGUUCCCCAUUAUAGUGUCAUAUGCCAUGACAAUUAACAAAUCCCAAGGACAGUCUUUGGAUACUGUUGGUCUAUACCUACCAAGGGAUGUUUUUACACAUGGACAAAUAUAUGUUGCACUAUCAAGAGUGACCACAAAACAAGGAAUCAAGAUAUUAAUACAUGAUCAACAUGCAAAAGUUAAAACAACAACUACAAAUGUAGUUUACAAGGAGAUCUUCGACAAUAUAUAA